GCAUGCGCGGCGUCCGGGGGUGCAGGCGGCCGCCAGGGGGUUAGUCGCUUGCCAACAACACGACGCGACGCGUCGCUUGCGCAUCGCGAUCGCUCGACCAGUUUUGCCGCGUAUUACGCUCCGUACGUACGUACGUACGUACGUACGCUCUCUCUUCGUCCUCUCUCUCUCUCUCUCUACCCCCUUUCCUCGUGUAUUCCUCGCUUUCCACGCGCAUACAUCGACGCGUCGAGAGAGAGAGAUAUAUAUAUAUAGUGAGUGCGCGCGUGUGUGUAUGUGCGUGUGUGUAUGUGCAUUCCUCUCUACGCGAUACACCGCGGCGGGAUUCAUCUUCCGCGCUUUCUUUUCCCUUUUUACCGCGUUUUCCAAAGUUUCGCCUCACAGUGCACGAACAUUAUUAAUGGAAAAGUCUUCGUUUACGUAAUAGGGAGGAUUGUAGUCAAGGGUUGUAUACACGCUCCCUUGGAUAUUCACGCUUUGCGAGAGUUACGUACAGAAAGUGAUCCCCGUGAAAGUCGUCGAAAGUUUAUAUCAGGACGGGUAUUAUGUCAAGAUGAGAACGGUGGUGGAUAGAUCGAGGACUUUGGAGUGGGACGUGGAUCGAGAACUAAGGGAAUUCGUUCUCUUUUGGUGAACUUGGUGAACGAGGUGCGAUAGGGAUCGGUGUCGAUAGAGAGGAUCGAAGUGAUCGGGAGGAAUCGAAGUGCGUCGAGAGAGUGGACCGAGGUACAAACACGAUGAACGUCUGAAGUAACAAUGUUGCAAGAUUAAUUGUCAUCAUGCGAGCGCUUCUGAUCCUGCUGAGCAUUCUUUUGGAAAUACAAUUCUACGUCACUGGGAGCCAGGCGGAGCAUCAACAAUCGUCGAGCGCCAACAACGAGGUGACGGAGAGCUCCGCCGGAGAGGAUAAAGGCGAAGAUGUCAUCGAAGGCCCCAUCAGGGAAGUUCUUGCACAAAGCGGAAGCACCGCGAAUUUGCCGUGCAAAAUUACCGAACCAGGCGCUGGAACCAUCACAUGGAUGAAACGAAAAAACAGGCGGUUGUUAACCGUGGGCAAGAGCACCCACUCGGUCGACAAACGAUUUGUCGUGAUUCACUCGAGUACCGAUUGGUUGCUGCAGAUACGAGUGGUUACCGUUCAGGAUGAGGGUAUAUACGAGUGUCAGAUUACGUCGCAUCCGGUGCAACGGAAUUUCGUGCGCUUGAAGAUCACGGAAGCGUACUCGAUCAUACCAGGCGCCCCCGAUUUACACGUGAAGCAAGGCUCGAGCCUUCGAUUGGAGUGUCAACUGAAGGCCGCGGCGGAAUCGCCCCUCUACGUCUUCUGGUACCGCCAAGGGCACAUGAUCAACUACGACGAGGAGCCAGGCGUGAAAGUCGAGCUGACCAAGAACGGAUCGAUCCUGAUGGUCAACAAAACGAAACCCUCGCAUGGCGGCAAUUACACUUGCGCGCCGAGCAACGCCAAGCCUGCAUACGUGAUGGUUCACGUGAUCGAAGAGGAGGAGAAACCGGCGGCGAUGCACGGCGGAGACAGGAGGAAUCUUGGGCCGGCAAUUUCGGCGAGCAACUUUCUGGUGUCCCUCCUGGCGGCCGUCAGCUGGAGGAUACCGAGUUUCACCAGCCUCUACCCGACAUGAAUCGCCCUCCAACUUACGGGGCGGGGGAGGCGACUGGUGUGUUAGUCGUGCCGCCCCGCACCACCGCAAACCCGGUCCAUCUUCUUCCGCGAGGAUGAGUCGAACGAUCGGUCGGUCAUUCGGGACUCGUCUUUUCACCUCUAACUCCCACGAUCGAUCCCACGAGGGCGAUAUUCUUUUUUUCGAAUGCCGCCGUCAAACACGUUGGAACGUGUCGUCGUCGUCGUCGUCGUCGUCGUCGUCGUCGUCGUCGUCGUCGCGUGUAUUAGUUCGCGUAUGAACACACGACGGAACGAAGCGUGGCCGCCACUUUCGGCGGGGACCCUCUUGCGCGUACACCCGCCCGAUUCUUUUCAACCAUUGUCCGGGGAGAAAGAGACUCGCGUCCUCCCUAUUCUCGAGGGGGGAAUGCGACGUUCGAUCGCGAGGGAAGGAUUUUUACCCAGCCAGAGGUAUCCUUUUGUUUCAUUCCCUUCUGCCUUUUAUUCCACCCUCCACCCUUUUAUCUCCUCCUAUUCUCUCUCCUAUUCGUCCCUGUGUUUCCUUCAUUAUCUCGCGAUUUCUUUGUCCCGCAGAAAUAGCCGAGCACCGUCGGAAUAAUUUUCUCUCUCUCUGGUUUCUGUGGAAUUGAUCUAGAAGUAUGCGGUAAGAUACGUUUCGCUUUUAACUCACUCUCUCUUUCUCUCUUUCUCUCUCUCUCUCUCUUUCUCUCGGAAAUAGAAUGACGCGCGACGCGGAGCUCAUACGAACGACUUCCUCCUUCUUCUUUCCUCUUUUUGUCCUUUUCUUUGUAAAGGAAGAGAGGAUAGGGGAACCUGUCGAUUCGAGGAUCAUCUUCUACUCGUUUAGUAGUCUCUGUCGUCGUUGUACGCGAUGAGUGAAGCGUUUCCUUCGUACAUACGCGCGUUAUACGUAUGCUAUGAAUGUACACUUACACACAUACACGUGGAAUGGGCGUAUUACGUACAAUAUAUAUAUACAUACACACACACACAGGUAGCGUAUAAGUAACACUCUCUGGACCCGAGAUGAACGAGCACGAGUUACGUUCUGUGACGUGAAAGUGGUUCUUCCUUCGAUCCUCUGUCGAAUCUCCGAUAUCGAGUGUUGGAGAUUUUUUUCUUUUUUUUUUUUUUUUUGAAAUAAAAUCGCGAAAGCUCUCUGUCCUCUUCGUGAUUUUUCGUAAAGUGAUCGCAAAGUGAAUCGAUUUUGCUGAAUAUAUACCCGUUGUCGGAGAUUCGUGACAGAUAUUCACGCGAUUCGCGCGUUUAUCGCGUCCAUUGAAGUGAACGGAAUCAAUGUAAAUAUUACAUCCUAAUUAUACAUUCAAUAAAACAUUAAUCGUAAAAA